UUAAUGUGACAUGCUAAAAUGACAAAAAGGUUCACCUAUUAUAAAUGAGCACUCACCGCUCAAGCUACAGUUACUUGCUUAAGUGUUUCUCUCGACCUCUUCAAUAGCUGGUAAGAGCUAAGGCUUGAACUGCUAUGCAUUUCAAAGCUGUCAUCUUGGCCUGCUUGGCUACGCUAUACUGGACAUCAGAGACACUAAAUGCAAGCGCGGGGAGACGUUUAGAUGUGCUACACGCAAACACUCGCAACUCUUCUCUGUGGUCAACGCUCUCUAACAAUAAAUCUCAAAUGCACAACGACAAUAAAAGAAAUGAUAAAGUUUCUAUGCGUGAUGACGUCAGUGGGACUGGGCACAAGCGCGCCAUCCCCGCUGUUCUCGCUAAGAUCGCUGCCAACAAACAGGUGCAAGAGGCUGUGGUGGAAAAAGGUAUCGAAGUGGCGGGGAAAUUGAUUGACAAGCAGCUGAAGACUUGGGAAGAGCAAGGGGCAAAGGCGGAAGCUUUCCUGAAGAAGAAGAUCAAGCUUGACAUAAUGCCCGACAAAGGGUGGGAAAGCACAGACAUGUUCGUCCCUGCGGGGUACCAUAUUAACUCGCAUCUCGAGAAUGAGAACGCGGAAGAUGAUCUCGACAAGCCAUCCCCUACACCGUACAACUACCCAGCAGGCAUUGGAAGCGUCAUCAUGAACGGAUGCUGGGGGACUGGGUACAAACCAGGAGACCCCUGCUAUAACGCCAUGGAAAACACCACACAAUGCCGAAACAUGAUUGAUGGUGCGGCAUUUAUUGGGGUCGGCUUUGAUCUGAGAGGAGAGUACAGCCCUGAGUCUAGAAAAAUGAGUAUUAUUCAGAGGAGCUGUGGCGGGCAUUCAAUGUACGACAACUUCCAAGUGCCAGAUACCAUGAAUGUCCACGGCAUCUACGACACAUCAGCCACGAUGUUCACGUUCUCGUCCCGGUCUGAGUAUCAGCAUUUCCUCGAGGGGGAGGCCGGAGUCUCGGGGUCGCUCUUCGGCUUCUAUGGCGGCGUGAAGAAGGCAUGGGGCAGCUCGACGAGUACUUCGUCAAAUAGCUACUUGUCUGUCUUUGACAUCGACGUUGAUAGGUACGAGAUCUUUAAAGACGAAGUGAAGCCUCAAGAUUUAAGCAGGGCGUUUUUGAGAGAGUUCAUGAGCCUUCCCGCCUCUUACUUUGACAUUAAGGCUCCACUUGUUUACCAGGAUUUUGUUCUUCGUUGGGGGACACAUUACAUCAAGUCGGCAAGAUUUGGAGGUCAGCUGGAGCUAAGAAAAACGGUCCAGCGAACUUCUUCACAGACCAAAGAACAGGUAUCAGAAAAAAUGGAGGCUGAGUACAGAAGUCUCUUCUGGAGUGCUGGGGCGACGUCUAGCACAAACGAGGGGACAACCAACAGACAAGAGAACAAGUUCACAUCCUCCUCCAUCGUGGUCCAGGGAGGAAGCCAAGAGAUCGCGUCUAUCUUAUCUGACGAGUAUGCCCCGACAUUCAAGAAUGAGUUCAAGGCCUGGCUACAGAGCAUUAACGAUUACCCCAAGGCUUUCAAGUUCCAUUUGAGCGCGAUUACCGACCUAUUGGACUUCCGUGCAAAUGACUUGUUCCCUGACGAAACAAUUACGUGGGGAUGCGAGGGAAAAACCGACCUACUAACGGAUCCAAAAACCGGAAAGAAAUACUAUGAGUACAACCUUCCCCCGACAAGUUCAAGCUCGUCGGAAAGUGCUAGUACCUCGGGCGACGCGAGUGCCACCAGUGUAACGAAGAGACAGUACUGUGAAACGACUGAAAGACAGGAAGUUGGCGAUCAUAUAAAACGAAGACGCGACGGCCUAAAGCGAGCCAUUGAAGUGUACAUGGAAGAGGGUCCCAUCUCUGUCAGUGACGUCAGCUUGAAGGCCGGGGAACCUGGGUGCCAAUCGGCGCGCCGUGAUUUUAGUCAAACAGCCACUCCCCCAAAAUGGACUGACGUCAUUAAUCCUUUAAAUACAGUGAAAGUUACAUUUGAUAUGAAGAGUGAUCUAGUUCCAAAAUCAGCCACAAUGGGUCAACACAUCGCGCGAGACAUGACACGAGUUUUGAAAUUACGGCAUGGUAAGUGGUACACCAGUGAAGCUGAUGAUCAUUUUCACGCUUACGACGGUUACAAAAUUGGCGGAACAGCUCCGACAGACAAGGCCAAAAUUGGCGAGACAGCUUCGACUCCCAACAUGAAGGUGUCCAUAUACGGGCUUGUCUUGAGGUACGACGAAACAGAUGGGAGUCUUAUCCUCGAAAAUGAUGAUUUUGCCGAGUCAAAGAAGUUCUUCGACACUUUACCAGAUGAAUAUAAAGGUCAACAGCUUGCAAAGAUCGAAUGGACGCCUGCCGAUAUCUUUAGAAAAAGCAGCAAGGAUUCUGUUGGAAAUUUGCCGUGCAAUGUCGAUUGGUCUAACACAAUGCGCUUUGACCCAAGAAAAACCUCAGAAGGAAACUGUCUUCACUUCACCGCAUCCACAGCUGGUUCAGUCUUCGUUGUGUUCUCUGCGAUCCCGAAAAAUGAGAAGACUUGGUACUAUGUGGAGAUAUCACCUUACGGCGUAGGCAUCUACAAGGCUCAAAAGCUCCAAGUAUCAACAGUUGAUAGCAAUGCAGUUGGCCUUGGGGACAGUAAGCUGUACCAGUCGUACUUUGUUUGUCUCCGUGAGACGGACGAUAGUACUAUCAUUGAGUAUGGUAAGACGUCGGGUCGCACUAACGCAGGAGAUGUCUAUCUCACGAUGAUUGAUGCAAAGGACAAAGUGGGGGACAACGAACCGCUCAAAGUGCGUUUUUACGCGUUUGGAAACGAUGAUAAUGAUUUACAGGUUAUGGAUGCACACAUACAAGACCGCGCCCAAACCCAAACCAAGUGUAUGGGGAGUACCAAGGAAGUCCCCGGCGAAACCUACUGCCUCCAGGAUUGCCACGAAGCAUGCGAUCCAUUGGUUGGCUGUAAAGAGAGGGAAGGAGGCAAGCCCGCAGCGGAUCAGUGUAACCGCUGCCUUGCGGUUAGACAUGAAGGGACAGGCGAAUGCCUAGCACAGUGUCCGGUCAACCUACGGACGGACAAGAAUAACGUUUGUAGAGAUAGUUACGAGCUGUCAUUUCCAUCGAAAGCUGAAGUAGAAGACUCUGCUAUCACAGGGCUUAACUUUCUGACCGACUUUUCCGUCUGCUUCUGGGUGAAAUUGUCUGCAGAACAGGGGAAGCAGCUGCAAAACGGGAAAUCAUAUCCAAUCAUAUCUUAUGUGCAGCAAUCCAGGCCGGAAGAUGAUCCCAUAUUUCAAGUCUAUAUGCAUAAGGCAAAAACGCUUGUUUUCGGAAAGAAUUUAUAUGGUAGAAACGCUUUUGGUGGUAGGCCUAUUGCUUACGACAAGUGGUUCUCUUACUGCCACACUGUAAACUUUGGCACUAUGCAUGAAGCAGUUUACAAAAACAACGAAAGGGACAUACAUCAGCCGUUAAGACCAUUAUCUGAAGAACAAAUCGCGGCAGGGCCCGGGAUAUUUUACAUCAGCGCGAAUGUGGGCCAACAUCUCUUCCCCGGUACCAUUUCCGACAUCAACAUAUGGGACCGCGCAUUGUCUUACGAAGACAGAAAACAAAUUCACUCUUCUUGUGGCGGUUUGGCCGGGAACGCAAAGGACUGGUACGAGAUUGGCCAGGUUCUCACAGAUCCCACAAAAUUCAACAAAAGAGAGCCAGCGACAUGCAAAGGACCAAUUGCAAGUGGGACGCAGGGAGAUUACUCAGGGGCAAGAUCAGGGCGUAGGAAGUCCUCGCGUGUGCAACGAGCCCCUGGACGCGCGUGGCAAUGGCCCACAAACGGAUAAAAAAAUCAAUAUACCAUAAGAUGAUAUUAUAACAAUAAAUUGUUAUUAGGAUAAAUUGGUUAAAUCACUAAUAAAUCAAUGGUAUUAAAACUCA